AUGAGUAAUAGUCAAACAAAGAAUGUUUCAAUAGAUACAAUUAAAGAAUUUAUGUAUCAAGUUUUACUUAAAGUAGGAAGUGAUGAAGAGAAUGCAAGAAUGGUAAGAGAUACAUUAAUUGCAGCUGAUUUAAGAGGAAUGGAUACACAUGGUAUUCAAAGGUUUAAAACUGUUUAUAUUGAUAGAAUUAAAAAAGGAAUGAUAAAUCCAACAGCAAAACCAAGAAUUAUAAGAGAAACAAAUACUACAUGUGUAUUAGAUGGAAAUAAUGGAUUUGGACAUGUAAAUGGAACAAUUGGAAUGAAAAUGGCAAUAGAAAAAGCAAAGAAAUAUGGAAUGGGAAUGGUAGUAGUAAGAAAUUCAACACAUUUUGGAAUUGCAGGAUAUUAUUCAUUAUUAGCAGCACAAGAAGGAUGUAUUGGAAUUUGUGGAACAAAUGCAAGAUCAUCAGUUGCAGCAACAUUUGGAGAUGAACCAAUUCUUGGAACAAAUCCACUUGCAAUUGGAAUUCCAUCAGAUGAAGCUUUUCCAUAUUGUUUUGAUGGUGCAACAUCUAUAUCACCAACAGGAAGAUUUGAAAAAUAUGUUAGAAUGGGAAAAACUGUUGAUAAAAGUUGGGCAUCAAUGAAAGGUGGAAAACCAAUUGAAGACCCAAAAGAAUUACUUGAAAAUUAUCCUAAAGGAAAAGCUUAUCUUCAUCCUUUAGGAGGAAGUGAUGAAGUUAGUGGAAGUCACAAAGGUUAUUGUUUAUCAGAAUUCGUUGAAAUUAUGAGUAGUUGUUUAAGUAUUGCAAACUUCUUAAAUCACAUUGAAGAAGAAAAAGAAAAGUCAGGCAAGUUUUCUUUGGGUCACUUCUUUAUUGCAAUUAAUGUCGAAUGUUUCAGAGACUUAAAUGAAUUUAAGAAAAAUGUUGGCGACAUUAAUCGUACUCUUAGAAACACUGACAAACUCCCUGGUCAUGAUCGUAUUUAUACUGCUGGAGAAAAGGAAUAUGAAACAGAACAAAAACGAAGAAAAUUCGGUGACGACUUACCUUUAGUCACUAUCAAUGAAAUGAAGGAACUUUCUUCUUUUUAUAAUGUCCCUCUUCCUUUUUAA